UGCAAAUCUACGCAGUUCUUCUCCCUUCGCCGCCACCUCCACCGCCACGGCGCCGCUGCUGAACCCCUCCGUCGGCGAUCAUCGCGCUGGCCACAGCCCUUCUCACUUCUCGGCUCCUCCUCCGCGCGCGCAUGGCCUCCUCCGCCUCCUCUGCGGCUCUCUCCGCCCUCCCUUUUCCCACCUGCUUCUCCUCCGACGACGACUCCGACGACUCUGACGACGCCAAGCCCAUCCCGCCUCCACCCGUAUCGGCAGAGACCUGCCCUCCUCCUCCUCCGCAGCAUCAGCAGAAGCUGCGGCGAUGGCAGCUGGAGCGCGAGUGCAACAUGGCCAUGAAUGCCCUGGCGCGCGCGGGCGACGUCGACCAGGUGCUCGCCAUCUUCGCAGAGCUCUGGGCUUUCGGAACUGGCCCGGGUGGUGCCUCGCCGCCCAACGUGCUCUGCUACAACACGCUCAUCAACGCGCUGGCCGAAGCUGGUCACGUGGAGGAGGCCCACCUUGUGUUCGACGAAAUGCUUGCAGCAGGGGUGGCGCCCAACGUGUCGUCCCUCAACAUCCUUGUCAAGAUGUAUUCGUGCAAACCUAUGCAGUUUGACCUCGCGUUCAAUGAGAUCGUCCGGAUGCGAGAGCUUGGGGUGGAAGCCGACGCGGGCACGUACUCCACGCUCGUCACGGGGCUGUGCCGCGCGGGGAUGGUCGAGGAGGCGUUGGGCGUGCUCGAAUGGAUGCGCGAAGAGGGGUGCCCUCCCAUGGUGCAAACCUACACGCCCAUUGUACAACAAUAUUGCCGCAAGGGCCUCGUCGAGGAGGCCAAGAAGCUGAUGGACAGGAUGGAAGGCGGCGGUUGCCCUCCAAACAUAGUUACCUACAAUGUUCUGAUCAGGGCUUUGUGUGAUGCCACCGAAUUUGAGGAGGUCAGGCAAGUUUUGAUGGAGAGUAGAACCGAAGGUUAGACGCCCAACACUGUCACAUACAAUACGUUUAUGGAUGGUCUCUGCAAGAAAGGUAGGGCUAAUGAAGCACUCGAGCAGUGGGAUGUUAUGGCAGGCCAAGGGUUGGAGCCCACGGAUUUUACUUUCAGUAUUCUCCUGAAUUGCCUUUGCCAUGCCUUGAGGAUUGCCUAUGCCAUACACUUGUUAGAGUGGAGUGCAUCAUUGGAACGGUAUGCCGGUGCUGUCGCGUACAACACUGAUGAGCAGGUUAUGCGAAAUGGGUCGUUGGAAGCGUGUUCUGAAGCUGUUGACAGACAUGAUCAAGAGAGGUGUGACGCCAAACACGAGGGCCUUCAACAUUGCCAUUCGUGCUCUUUGCUCCGGUGGGAAGUUAUCCAUAGCCAGGGGCGUGGUCCGUAACCCAGGGGUUUCUGCAAACGUCGUGACGUAUAAUACGCUCAUUUAUUAUUGGUUUCACUACUGUCGAGAUCUUCAUGAGGUUUGGCGCCUAAUUUCCGACAUGGCGGCAGAGAAGAUUGCUCCAGAUGAAGUUACCUGCACUACAAUCGUCCAUGGGUUAUGCAGAGAUGGAAAGUACGAUACGGCCACCAGAAACUACUUUCUACAAUCGCUUGAGAUUGUACUGUCAGGGGAUCAUCUUGACGUCCUUACAAACAUGCUUGCUCGCAAAGGCAGAAUCUGAUUCGCAAAACAAUAAAAAUCUGGGCAUGGUAAUGAUACCUCGACCCUUGCAAACAGGCUUGCUCACAAUAGCAAAAUCUGGGCAUUGUAACAAUACCUCGACCCUUGAUGGUCGGAGGGUCAGCUUUAAGAGAGGUAGUCUGCACGGCCAUCCCAAAUGGAGGAUCCUGAUCAAGAAGAACCCCAUCAGGUUCUCACGAGCUAAAUGACGUCCCACCAGUUAGGUGGUCAGCACGUCCACUUUAAUUCGUUCUAUGGGAAGCGAGGACUAGAGGUAUGAUGAUUUUAAAUGUGCUUUUGGCGUCAAUUAGAACUGACUGAAAGUUGCAUAAAUUUCCAGUCACUUUUUUCCCACCUCCAGGACGAAUUUCAUACAGCAGACACAGGUCACAAAGUAACUGAAAGUAUCAAAUUUUCAGUCGUUUUUCCCGCCUCUAGCAUGAAUUCAAAUGUACCUAAAAGUUCCUUAACUUUCAGACAGACCUGAUAUCAGGUGUUGAUUUACAACCCAACCCAAUCACAGUUGUGACCGGGAAAACAGCCGGUGCGACCAAAUAUCUCCUUCCGCCAGCACGACGACAGCAAGGUUGACGAGCCAGAGAAGGGGACUUUCGAUAUUGUACAUUGAGUUAUUGGGCCUUGGCAGGUAUUUGAGGUUACUGCGGCGAAGAGGGUUUUGGGUUGCAGAGGUGGCGACCUUAUCAACCCUGCUACAAGGCAAUGGGAUGAGGAUCUCGUGACCGAGACUUUCUGGAAGUUGAUGUGCAACAUAUACUAUCGAUUCCUUUGCCGACAUAUGACAUAGAAGAUUUCGUUGCAUGGAGCCUGACAAAGAACGGGAUUUUCUCUGUAUGUACUGCCUAUUAUGCUGAAUGGGAUCAUCAACAUGGGUUCAAAUUGAGGCGUACAAAUGGUAUAGGAACUGUCGAUUCAAACAAGAUAUGGCACCGUAUUUGGAGUCUGCAAUGCCCUAGCAAGGUUUCAGUUGCUUGGUCAGAGAAACAUUCAUGAAGAGGCCAUGUGAUAUUGCAGCGUGGUAUUAUGGUGGGAAAGAUACAAAUUAGUUCAUGAUGAUGAGAAGGUGCAGCAACUAGCCAUAUCGCUAUGUCUGUGCGUGCUCUUACUGCAAAUUAAACUGCAGCAGCAGACACCCACGGUGAAGAAAAGAAAUGGUGGCUGGAUCAGACCACCACGAGGCCAGGUGAAGUUGAAUGUCGAUGCUGCUUCUGAUGUAGACCUUCUUGCGGGCGCGUCUGCUGCUGUAAUUCGCGACGCCAAUGGAAUUUUCGUUGCGGCCUGAAACUGGAAGAUUGAUCUCCACGUGGACGUCUUAUCUGCGGAAGCUACCGUUCUGAAACUCGGUCUACAGUUGGCACAGUCCAUCGGCUGAAACAGGAUUGUAUUGUAACCAAUUCGAACAACUCAGAUUUCAUGAGCAUCAUGCAAGAAGUUGGAAGAUCAGCAGGCAUUCCUGCAGCCAUCUUUGACGACUGCUAUAAUUUAGUUUGUGUAGCUGUUUUCCAACAUUGUUUUAGAUAAUGUAAUGUUGUUGCUCAUAUGCUUGGGAGUGGCUUGAUGAACCAACUAGUGAGAUUAUCCCACUAGUGAUUGAUGAUGUAACUCGUGUCAAAUUUAAAAAGUUGGGUGGUUAAUGUAAAAAUAAAUCAAUCAAUGGUGAACUUCUUUAUCUCAUAUAAAAGAAAAUGA